AUGCGAUUGCUAUUUGGUGUCAUCGCCGUCGUCGUCGUCGCCCUGUUGCACGAUGCAGCAGCCGCGAAACGUGAGGCGCCGCUGAACAACGGCUACCUGCCACCGUCAUCGUCCUCGCCGCAGAGGCCGUCCUCCAAGUACGGAGCACCGCCGCCCAGCUCCUAUCUGCCCCCAGCCUCUGGCCCAGCGCCCUCCUUCAAUGCUGGCCCGUCCAGCAGCUAUGGCGCUCCCCCUCAAAGUAGUUCGUCGGGUGGUCCAUAUCCGGCAUCGGCCCCCCGCCCCUCUAGCUCCUAUGGAGCCCCACCCCAGCGACCAUCCUCCAGCUACGGGGCACCGCCCAGUCGUCCCAGCCAAUCGUACGGACCUCCACCACAGGCGAAGAAGCAUCACCAUCGUCGUCCGUCUUCCAGCUACGGGGCUCCUCGACCAGCACCCCCCUCUUCUUCCUAUGGAGCGCCUGCACCACCCUCAAAAUCUUAUGGCGCACCCGCGCAGCCAUCAUCGUCUUAUGGAGCUCCUGCAUCCCCUUCCAAAUCUUAUGGCGCACCCCCGCAGCCAUCAUCAUCUUAUGGAGCUCCUGCGCCACCCUCAUCGUCCUAUGGUGCCCCCGCUCCACCAUCCUCAAAGUAUGGACCUCCCAAGUCUGCGCCGUCAUCCAGCUACGGAGCCCCGAGACCAGCACCACCUUCCUCUUCUUACGGAGCACCUGCACCACCAUCAAAAUCGUAUGGUGCACCCCAGCAGCCAUCAUCAUCUUACGGAGCACCUGCACCACCCUCCAAAUCGUAUGGUGCACCGCCGCAGCCAUCAUCAUCUUACGGAGCUCCUGCACCACCAUCCAAAUCGUAUGGUGCACCCCCGCAGCCAUCAUCAUCUUAUGGAGCUCCUGCACCACCCUCAUCGUCCUACGGCGCACCCGCGCAGCCUUCCUCUUCCUACGGGCCACCCAAGUCCGCACCCGCACCCGCACCACCAUCCUCCAGCUAUGGAGCACCUUCCCAAGGUCCCACAAACUCGUACCUGCCUCCCGUCUCGCGGCCCUCGAAGCCUUCCUCGGACUACAAUGCGCCCAGUGUGAGCAGCUUCGUUCCACUUGCAUCGGCGCCCUCGACCAACUAUGGUGCUCCAUCGAAGACCCAGACGCUGGGAAGCAGUGGAUACACCUCGGGGCCGGCCGCAUCCUACGAGGCGCCAGCGGCACCUCCCUCCUCGUCGUACGGUGCUCCAUCGGUCUCCUCAUCGUUCCAGCCAAUCUCAGUGCCCUCCUCCAGCUAUGGAGCUCCCAGCGGCGGAUCCAGUUCUGGCAGCUUUUCCUCGGCUCCUUCUUCGUCCUACGGUGCCCCAAGUAAGGGUUCCUUCCAAUCGGCGCCCUCCAGCUCUUACUCUGCCCCAAGCCCUAGCGCCAACAGUGGAGGAUCGUACCCUUCCGCUCCCUCAUCAUCGUACUCCGCCCCAAGUCCUAGUGCCAACAGUGGUGGAUCAUACCCAGCGGCUCCCUCGUCAUCGUACUCCGCGCCAAGUCCUAGUGCCAACAGCGGAGGAUCUUACCUAGCUGCUCCUUCGUCCUCGUACUCCGCACCUAGUCCUGGUGCCAAUAGUGGUGGACCGUAUCCAUCGGCACCAUCCAGCUCGUACGGUGCUCCCAGCGCCAGCUCGAAUAGUGGCGGACCCUAUCCGGCUGGCCCAUCCUCUUCGUACUCCGCACCCAGCAGCAGCUCGAACAGUGGUGGACCCUACCCAGCGGCUCCCUCAUCCUCGUACGCCGCCCCAAGCCCUAGCGCCAACAGCGGAGGAUCGUAUGCUUCCGCUCCUUCAUCAUCGUACUCCGCCCCAAGCCCUAGCGCCAACAGCGGAGGAUCGUAUCCUUCGGCUCCCUCGUCGUCAUACUCCGCACCCAGUCCUAGUGCCAACAGCGGAGGAUCGUAUCCUUCCGCACCAUCCAGUUCGUACGGUGCUCCCAGCGCCAGCUCGAAUAGUGGCGGACCCUAUCCGGCUGCCCCAUCCUCUUCGUACUCCGCACCCAGCAGCAGUUCGAACAGUGGUGGCCCUUACCCUGCUGCCCCAUCCAACUCGUACUCGGCGCCUGCUGCUCCUCCCUCCUCUUCUUAUGGUGCCCCAGCCACAGGACCCUCGUCUUCGUACAGUGCUCCCUCCUCGUCAUACGGUGCUCCCUCGUCGGGAUCUAGCUCUGGAAGCUUCAGCUCUGGAUCUGGCUCUUCUUUUUCGACAGCUCCUUCAUUCGGCUCGUCUUCUUCCGCCUCGGGAAGCGGUGGCUAUCCCUCGGCUCCGUCCUCCUCCUAUAGCGCUCCAUCCAGCUCGUAUGGAGCUCCUGCCACUGGUGGCGACUCAGCUCUGAGCUUUCCCAGCGGUCCCUCGUCCAGCUACAGCUCUGCACCUGCCAGCGGAUCGUCCAGCUCUGGUUCGUACCCCAGUGCACCGUCGUCCUCGUACGGCGCACCCGCACAGGACUCCGGCUACAACUACUCCGGUCCCAGCCAAGUGCCCGAGACCAUCCAGCAGGGCUACAGCUCCGACGGCGGCUACACCUACCGCAAGAAGAAGUGAGCGGUGGUGAAGCACUGCAUCGCAUCCGCCAAGUGCCUUCGAAUACUCGAAUCGAACCCAUCAUCAAACCGUCAUCGCUUUCAUCUACAAUGCGUCGCCAUUUGUUUCUUAUCUGUAAAUUAUUCCCCGAAUGACGCCCAAUCCGUCCGUCCAUUCUUCUUGUCUCCCAUUGAGCUCUAGCCGUAAUUCAUUGUAUCAUUAGAUAUAUGUAACAAAAUGUUUGUUGAAUAAACACG